AUGAUAUCGUGUAAGUGUUCCGGGGACCAGGCAUCAGGGAGAAAUCUGGUCAUUUGUAUCGACGGGACAUCAAACAAGUAUGGUGAUAAAAACACCAAUAUCGUCGAACUGUAUAGCGAGAUGGUCAAGGAUAGCAAGCAGUUAACGUACUACAACAGUGGUGUAGGAACGUAUGCUAAGGGACACACACACUGGAUGAAGCAGAUCGAGAGUGUCUUUGAUCUGGCCUUUGCGUUUAAUAUCAGUCGAACUAUUAUGGGAGCCUACAGAUGGCUCUCAGACACGUACCGUCCUGGUGACAAGAUCUUCCUGUUUGGAUUUUCGAGAGGUGCCUACCAAGUUCGUGUAUUGGCAGGAAUGAUCCACGAGAUAGGACUCAUACUACCCGGCAACAUAGAACAGAUCCCCUAUGCCUACGAGCUCUACUCCGCCAUCAACAGUGGAAGGCAGAAGGAUAAGUUACUUGCGGCAGGAUUCAGGUCGACGUUCUCCAGACGCGUGGUAAUACAUUUCAUCGGCGUAUGGGACACCGUAUCGUCUGUUGGUAUCAGGAAGGAGAAGAUUUUACCAUCCACCGAUACAUGCGAUCACAUUUGCUGUUUCCGUCAGGGACUUGCGCUUGAUGAGCGCAGGGUGAAAUUCCUACCUGAGUAUGUCUAUGGUGGCACGAGCAAUCGAGCCGAAUCCCAAUUGGCGCAACCUCCAAACAAUGCUGUCAAGGAUGUCAAGGAAGAUAAUGUCAAGGAGGUUUGGUUUGCUGGUAGUCAUUCGGAUAUGUAUACGGGCAAAGCACUCAAUUUCCAAGAUAUGCCUUUACUAUGGAUGCGAGAAGAAGCUUUCGAUGCGGGGCUUCUGCUCAAUCCACCCAAGAUAGCUUUCAGAUUUGAAGAUUUGAAGGAACCCAAGAUUAACGACUCGUUAACACUUCGGUGGUGGCUGCUCGAGCUAUUGCCUGUCAGACAUCUUUGCUACAACAAUUCUAACCAGCAUACAGUGGUACCGCAUGUUGGAAAAGGUCGCACCAUCUUACCUGGCCAAAAGGUCCAUGCGUCGGUUCUGUUUCGCGCUCACUACCGGUCGAAAGCGAGUUUCUGGAGAAAUCUCCAGCAAUGGCCUGAAGCGAUUCACUUUCAUGUUGCCUAUGACCAGGAACAGUUGGGUGAUGCCUGGGAAGUUCCUUUCAAUCGCUCGACUGCUGAAGAUCUCGUUGGUACAAUUCACAAGAAACACACCCUGGAUUAUGUUGAUCGCUUGGCCUUCAUGUGUUCAUUUGGUGAGAUCCCAGACCAUUUUGACAUACUAACCUGA